AUGGCAAACCCUGCUGACUGUGAUCCCUGCAUGGAACAGCCGGGUCCAGUCCAGACAUCAUUCGAUGCUGUCAAGCCUGCUUUUUCGGCUUCUUGUGGUGGAGGGUGUAACCUCCUUGACUUUGUAGCUGGGCUCCACGACGGCGAAGGUGACGGAGGCGACACAGCUGUCGUUAGCGGCCCGCCGCACUCGCAUUUGGCAUAUGCGUGUGAAGGCUUCAAUCAGACGGAUUUCCAUGAUCCAUGGGUGGAAGCUCUUUUUAGUGAAUCGCCCUCUAAGGCGAUUUCCACUCUCAUCAGCACAAACCCGGAGUCUCUAACAUCCCCCGCUGUAGCAGACCGGUUGAUGAGGAAUUGCAUCCAAACACAGCAUUCUGACGCGGAAAGUGCCGCCAUCUGCGACACACUUAUACGUCACUACUACCAGUUGGAAUCACCUCGAGGAGACAGCGAUGCAAAAAACCCGCUGAACAGCUCUGCCGCCUGGCAGGCUCUGCGCUGCUCCUGCCUUCAAGGAAAGAAGAACACUUUUGAAGCCCUUUGUGCACUGGGAAUCGAUGUGCAAGCAGCCGAUGCCGCUGCGCAGAAACAGCAGAAGGGCAGCCUCGUUCACGCUGCCGCAGUUGGUGGAUCGCCGUCGAUUAUUCAGAAGCUUCUAGAUGAGUACCAUCUAAGCCCGCAAGGAGUAAAGGGGAGCUCAAAUCACAAUGAGCCGGUUCAUCUGGCUGCGGCUCAUGGUCGUACGCAUGCCGUCCUUCUCUUGGUGCACCGGGGCGUUUCCAUCGACGCAAGAGACCGUCACGGCAGAACACCUCUUUUCCAUGCUGCUGUGAACGGGCACUUACCGACGACGAAGGCUCUCGCAGAAUCCGGCGCGCUUAUCCAGGUGAAGGACUACGACGGCAUAUCACUCAUCGAGGAAGUAACCAGACGAAAGCGUAUCAGAGACGGCCAGGAACGGCAAGCACUCGCGGAAUAUCUACAGCAAAAAGUUCAAGAAGAUGAACGUACUACGUCUGCUCGUGUUAUGCAAUAUCCUUUCUCCAGGCAGUGCGACUAUCUGUGA